AGUCUCCCUCUAACACACACCUGUGUAGUCGCCACACCUGUACACCACAACACUUUUGAACCCUUGUCAUCCUCAACAUUUGUACCUCAUGCAGUCAACAGCAGGAUAAACCCUUCCUGCAAACUGCACCUUCCAUCAAGGAGAACAGGAAGUCUUCCUCUGACAGGAAACCGCCGGCUUCCUGUCCUCGUCGAGGCCACUAGUGUUAGUGCCCCUCAGGUAGGGACUGGUCGCCCUGGCUGGCAGACGGGUCGCCACCAUGCUCCGGGGGCUACUUGAAGGCUACUCCUCCGCCUCCUCCAUGCUCCGGGGGCUACAUGCAGACUCUUCCAUGCUCCGGGGGCUACAUGUAGGCUCCUCCAUGCUCCGGAAUCAACGUGUAGGCUCCUCGGCCGCCUCCAUGCUCCGGAAUCAACAUGUGGGCUACUCGUCCUCUGCCUCCAUGCUCCGGGGGCUACAUGUAGGCUACUCCUCCAGCUCCCCCAUGCUCCGGGGGCUACGUCUAGGCUCCUCCUCCUCCAGGCUGGCUGCUGCAACCUCCACCAACAGGAACAUCCACAUUGGCGUGGUCGCUGCACCCUUCAACAAGGGACAGAAGCGUGAUGGGGUGAAAGAUGGCCCAAAAUCCAUCCUGGACACUGGGGUACUUAAAGACUUAGAGACUCUUGGGAGCGAGGUGCGGGACUACGGGCAGGUGGAGAUGGUACCCAGGGAGAGCUACCAGCCGGGCCCCAACGGGGAGCACAACCACGCCGCCGUCCUCGACUACAACCGUCGCCUGGCCGCCUCCGUCACUAAGGUCAUCAAGGAAGGCGGGGUCUGUCUCACCCUCGGCGGUGACCACUCCAUAGGCAUUGGCACCGUCACUGGCCACGCUGGGGCCAGUCCUCGACACCAGGUGGUGUUGCUGUGGGUGGACGCUCACGCGGACCUGAACACGGGGGCCACCUCUCCCUCGGGUAACAUGCAUGGCAUGCCGGUAUCUUACCUGCUGCUCGAGCUGGCUUCGAGAGUCAACCGCCUGCCUGACAAGUGGCCUCAACCUAGGCUGCGUGGGGAGCACCUUGUGUAUAUUGGCCUCCGGGACGUGGACGAGGGUGAGAAGAAGAUGCUUCAGGAGCUGAACAUCAUGGCGUACGGCAUGCGAGAGGUGGACAGUUUGGGGCUCGAUAAGGUCAUCUGCCGAUCUCUUGAGCACCUCAAGCCGCAGGCCACGCGACCCCUCCACGUCUCCUUCGACAUCGACUCCCUCGACCCCCACGAGGCACCCAGCACUGGCACUCCAGUGCGAGGCGGACUACACCUGAGGGAGGGGCUGCAGAUCGCCGAGGCGGUUCACCAGACUGGCUACCUCAGGGCUCUGGACCUCGUGGAGGUCAAUCCAGGACUUGGUUCCCGCGACGACGCCCACCUCACCUCUCAGGCUGCUAGGUUGAUCAUCCUCAGCGCUCUUCACAGUUAUAGGGGCCAGUAGGCCUUGCCGGCUGUAGAACCGGGAAAGGGGGUAAGGUGCUCUUGGCUACAGUGGUUCCUGUGGCAGUGGCGUAUUUUUCCAUUGAGGGGUUCCUGUUGCUACGGUCUUUGUUAUGGAAGUGUCGGUGAUAUUUUGCUGUGGGAUGUAGUAGUUUCUAAGUGGAGUGUUGAUGAUGUUUUAUGCCUUACUGUCUUGUCAUCCAUGCCUUGUGACACUAUCAGUGAUCUUACUGUCUUGUCAUCCAUGCCUUGUGACACUAUCAGUGAUCUUACUGUCCUGUCAUCCAUGCCUUGUGGCACUAACACUGAUCUUACUGUCCUGUCAUCCAUGCCUUGUGGCACUAACACUGUGAUCUUACUGUCCUGUCAUCCAUGCCUUGUGGCACUAACACUGUGAUCUUACUGUCCUGUCAUCCAUGCCUUCUGGCACUAACACUGAUCUUACUGUCCUGUCAUCCGUGCCUUGUGGCACUAACACUAAUCUUACUGUCCUGUCAUCCGUGGCUUGUGGCACUAACACUGAUCUUACUGUCCUGUCAUCCAUGCCUUAUGGCACUAACACUGAUCUUACUGUCCUGUCAUCCGUGCCUUGUGGCACUAACACUGUGAUCUUCCUGUCCUGUCAUCCGUGCCUUGUGGCACUAACACUGUGAUCUUCCUGUCCUGUCAUCCGUGGCUUGUGGCACUAACACUGUGAUCUUACUGUCCUGUCAUCCGUGCCUUGUGGCACUAACACUGUGAUCUUCCUGUCCUGUCAUCCGUGCCUUGUGGCACUAACACUGUGAUCUUCCUGUCCUGUCAUCCGUGCCUUGUGGCACUAUCAGUGAUCUUACUGUCCUGUCAUCCAUGUCUUGUGGCACUAACACUGUGAUCUUACUGUCCUGUCAUCCAUGUCUUGUGGCACUAACACUAAUCUUACUGUCCUGUCAUCCAUGUCUUGUGGCACUAACACUGUGAUCUUACUGUCCUGUCAUCCGUGCCUUGUGGCACUAACACUGAUCUUACUGUCCUGUCAUCCAUGCCUUGUGGCACUAACACUGAUCUUACUGUCCUGUCAUCCGUGCCUUGUGGCACUAACACUGAUCUUACUGUCCUGUCAUCCGUGCCUUGUGGCACUAACACUGUGAUCUUCCUGUCAUGGAAUUCUGACAAAAUUGUCCUAAACUUUGUUUUAAUUACACAGAAAAUGAUUAUUUUGUCUCGGAGGAAAAAUGUUUAGUAUACAAAUAUUCAGUCGUCAGUGAUUUACAGUGUCAAUCGAUCUGUGGGGGAUGAGUGAGAUCCACCCUGAUGAGUGGGGUCCAAUAAGGAGGGCAUUGAUAAACCUGCUGCAUGGGUAACAGCUUCUCCCCCAUAUCAACCUACCCCCCUGGCUUUGCUUCCCUGGAGAGGCUACUCCAGACCGACAAUCAGAGCCCAACUUCAUGGUUUUACGAAAUUGCUUCUGUAAUUUUAUACCUUUUUUUUUGUCUGUCAUUGUUACAUUCUAAAGCAGUUUAAAGAAAUGUACAUUAGGAUAUUAGUUUUUAAGAACAUUUGGUCAUUAACAAGGAAGUUUUCUUUUUUACUGAAAAUUUGUGUAACAGAGAUAAAUAAAAUAUUUACCACAUA